AUGGUGAAAUUUCAUCUUGUAUCUUGGCGGGGAAACCGUUGUUGCAGCCAUGGCGGUGUGGCCCAUUUUUUCGAUCAAAAUAAUAGAUCUGAGCCUCAAAUGUUAAUGUUACCAUUGAUUUUUUUUACUCCAAUCAGGAUUAUCAGAGAAGCCAUUGCUAGUUUAGGUAGUCCUGCUCCUAUAUUGGUUUCAGAAGGGGCUAACACCAUGGAUGUGGGUCAAUUCGUUUUGGUCCAAAUGGAACCCAAAACCUAUUUAGAUGCAGGAACAUGGGGGGCAAUGGGUGUUGGUUUAAUAGCUUCGCCUGAUCAGCUUGUAGUUGAAAAACUUACUGUUGAAUCAAAUGGUGCUUGA